ACUCACUUCUACCUCCCUUUCCCCACACACACACAAAGAGAAUCAAAAUGGAAAAAAGAAAGAAAUCCAAUUCAAAAUGUACAGUCCUCCAUUCCUAUUGCACCACCUAACCCUUCACCAAACCCCAUGGAGAAGAAUCUACCUGAAUAAUAAAACCUUCCAUAAUAUUCCACUCUCUCAUCCACUUAUCUUUUGAGAAAUGACUCCCUCUUAUUGCUUAUCUUCAACCAGAAACACUACUACAUCUGGAGCAGCAGCAUUCUUUCUGCAUAAUUCUCAUCUCUACCUUCCCAAACAUCGGUCUCUCUUGGUUCCCAAUGAAACCCAACUCCCCAGGAGGGAGACUUUAUUUCUCAAGCCUCAAGCACUAUCACCCAAGUCUUGCUUUCCCACCUUGAGGCUAAAAAAUUCUAAAUUCAUACACCCUUUUGCAAGCAUAUCGUCUUUUGCUGAAGCUGAAGGAGAAGAAGAACAAAAAGAAGAAAUCAAAGUUAAUGAUCAUCGUCAUGAAGUUGCGAAAAGUACAAAGGAAGAUGAGGAUGACUUGCCUGGAAUGGCUCAGGCCUUUCAUAUAUCUUCAAGCACUGCUUCUGCUAUAGCUAUAUGCAUAGCAUUUAUGGCUCUAAGUCUUCCACUGUUCAUGAAAUCUUUGGGGCAGGGUUUGUCCCUGAAGAUCAAGCUGUUAUCUUAUGUAACUCUGCUAUCUGGGUUUUACAUGGCUUGGAACAUUGGAGCCAAUGAUGUGGCCAAUGCUAUGGGGACCUCGGUGGGUUCAGGGGCAUUGACACUUCGGCAGGCUGUGAUGACAGCUGCGGUGUUGGAGUUCUCUGGGGCAUUGUUGAUGGGCACACAUGUGACAAGUACAAUGCAGAAAGGUAUUCUUGUUGCUACUAUGUUUCAAGGAAAGGAUACUCUACUUUUCGCUGGCUUGCUGUCUUCUUUGGCUGCUGCUGGUACUUGGUUACAGGUUGCAUCAUAUUACGGAUGGCCGGUCUCUACCACACAUUGUAUAGUAGGAUCAAUGGUCGGAUUUGGACUCGUAUAUGGAGGAGUUGGUGCCGUUUUCUGGAGUUCACUGGCAAGGGUGAUUUCUUCAUGGGUGAUCUCACCGAUAAUGGGAGCACUGGUGUCAUUUCUUGUCUACAAAUGCAUCCGUAGGUUUGUGUACAGUGCUCCAAAUCCAGGACAAGCUGCAGCUGCAGCUGCACCAGUUGCUGUGUUUGCUGGUGUAACUGGAAUCUCUUUUGCAGCCUUCCCUCUUAGCAAGAGCUUGCCUUUGGCAACGACUCAGGCUUUAGCCUUCGGAACUGCUGGGGCGGUCCUUGUAAACAGGAUUAUCCGAAAACAGCUAGGCCAUCUCCUUCUUCAGCCAACUACAUCACUAGCAGAGCCAAAAGAGGGAACCGUCCCCAGCAAAAAUAUAGGGUUUCUCUCUGAUAUUGCAGGUCCGAAGGGUACCCAGCUAGAGAUAGUAUAUGGGGUCUUUGGGUACAUGCAGAUACUAUCAGCCUGCUUCAUGUCAUUUGCCCAUGGAGGAAAUGAUGUCUCCAAUGCAAUAGGUCCUCUGGCUGCUGCAUUAUCCAUACUUCAAGGAGGUGCCAGUGGAACUGAGAUUGUUAUUCCACUUGAUGUUCUUGCAUGGGGAGGAUUUGGUAUUGUUGCAGGGCUUGCAAUAUGGGGGUAUAGAGUGAUUGCAACAAUUGGGAAGAAAAUAACAGAACUCACACCAACUAGGGGAUUUGCAGCGGAGUUUGCUGCAGCCUCUGUGGUUCUAUUUGCAUCAAAGCUGGGACUACCCAUCUCAGCAACCCAUACUCUAGUGGGUGCAGUCAUGGGGGUGGGGUUUGCAAGAGGACUUAACAGUGUUAGAGCGGAAACAGUGAGGGAGAUUGUGGUUUCUUGGGCUGUGACAAUUCCAGUUGGUGCUAUUCUUUCUGUUCUCUAUACAUGGAUCUUGACCAAGCUUUUGUCUUAUAUUUUGUGAGCGUACAUUCAAAAGAUUUUAAUCUACCUGUGUGAUUAAUUAAAUUACAAAAACUUUUUUUUCCA